AUGGCCACUGUUACGGAGUACAGCAAAAACGGCUCCCUUCGGACCGAGCAAGAGAAGCUUACAGAUUUCAGGGCACCUGCCGACACCAUCAACCCCGAACCCGCGGGCUCUGAAAUGGAGGUUACACAAAAGCGUAAAGCGUCUAUAGAGUCCCUUGAUGGAGCGGAAGAAUCGUCAAAAAGAGCAAAAUUCGAUGAUGGUGACCACGGCGACCACGGCGACCCACCCGCACAAGAUUCGGCACAGGACUCGAGGCCGCGCGACGAAGAUCCCCGAGCCAGUACCGCCCGACGAGCGCCUUUAUCAAGGGAUGAAGAGAAGAAGCGGGGUAAGCGGUUGUUCGGGGGUCUCCUAAGCACCCUCAGCCAGACCAACUCCAGCUCGCAGCACAAGAAGAGGAGGGAGAUUGAGCAGCGACAGCAGGAGAAGGCGCAGAAACAGAGGGCAGAAGACGAGAAGAGACGGACGGAGAAGCUCGCGCGGAUCACCGAGGCGCGGUGGAAGGAGCAGAUCUGGUUUGACGAGAAAGUCUACUAUCGGCCGUGGAAGCUUACCAAAGAACAAGAGGACGAGAUUGACGACCAGGUGCAAGACGCCAAGAACGCCAUCGCGAGAGAACUCGAAGCGUUCAAAGAUCGGAAAGAAGAACACGAGAGACGUCACGGCCGCGCCAGGCCGCCGACCAUGGUCCAGGAGGAGCCUAUGACAAUGGUCACAGAAGAACAACCAGCAGAGGCUCCGCCAGCGGUUUCUGCUGAUCCUCCCGCAGCUACCGAGCACAUAGUUGCGUCUCCCGACAGAGACAGACAUGAGCGGGAGACACACGACGAACCUGGUGAUGUCGUGGAAAACGACGAAGAUAUGGUUAUCUACUAA